UUGUGAUUUUCUUUUUCUUUCAUUAUCUGCUGUAGAUGUCCGUAGUGCCCCUAAUGUUUCGUGAUUGGUGGGAUGAGCUUGAAUUUCCAACGCGUACUUCGCGCCUGUUGGACCAACAUUUUGGGAUGGGCUUGAAGCGUGACGAUUUGUUGUCAUCUGUAUGGAAUAGUCGCCCAACUGUGCUACGAUCAGGUUACUUGCGGCCAUGGCAACGCACUACCGGUUUGCAGAAGCUGGAUUCGGGUUCCACCCUCAACAUCAAUGAAGAGAAGUUCGAAGUUAUUCUCGAUGUUCAACAAUUCUCACCCAAUGAGAUUAGUGUUAAAGUGACCGAUAAAUUUGUGAUUGUCGAAGCUAAACACGAAGAGAAACAGGACGAACACGGCUUUGUAUCCAGGCAAUUUACUCGACGUUAUAUGUUGCCCAGUGACGUCAAUCCCGACUCUGUAACAUCAUCGUUGUCGUCCGAUGGUCUCUUAACAGUUACCGCUCCCAUGAAAAAGUUACCUCCCCCCGCUACUGAACGCGUAGUACCAAUUUCCCAAACUGGACCAUCGUCCAAAGAGGAUAAGGAGAAGAAAAUUGAGACUACAACAGCUUAA